GUGCGCACCUGUCCUAAUCAACCCACCCAUUAAAUAGACAGGCACAAUAGCACCAUCUGCUGGCACAAAAAAUACAUAACAAUAAACUGCAAAACCCCAAUCUGGCUCCUACAAAGUGUAUGUGACAAGAUGAUUAACGUUUGCUUUUGUUAAAUCAGGGCUUCCCCAGCCAGGACUUCGGCUCAGACUGUGGCAUAUUCAUGUUGAUGGUAGGUCAUAACGAGCUGUAAUGCACAAAUAUUGUAUCUAGAAUAACUUUCCAACAUGGACUUUUUUAAAGUUAUCUCACAUGUUGUCUCAUAAUUUUUUUUUUUAAGUCUGCCAUGUACAUCGUUAUGGAGUCACAGUUUGACUACUCAGUUGUAAGUACUUUUCAACACGCAGUGUCAUCCUCAAGAUUGUAUUUUGUAUUGUGCACUAAAAUGAAAUACAAACAACAAUUUCAGCAUGACAUGCCUGUUUUGCGGCGAUGGUGGUGCCUGUUGCUCCUGGAGAACAAUUCUUUGAACAGGUAGACAGUUUAAGUAAACUAGAUGUCCUAAUUAACUAGAAGACGAUCAAUAUAUUGUCCUUAAAGAUAUAUUGUCAUUACAGUUGUGGGAAAAUCUUCGCCCAAUGGACCAAAGAAUGUCAAGAGCUCAUUGCUGGAAAGCAUACUCCGGUCUUCAGUCUAAAGAGGAAGGCAGAGCAGCAGGACAUAGAGGUUAGAAAAUUGCCUUCUAAAAACAGUAUUAUCUCAGUGGGAGUCCUUCAAAAUGCACACAGUUGUAUGGAUCAACAUUGUCUCGAUGUAUUUGGUAAUUGAUGUUACUUUUCAAAUUGCCUUGUCAAGGAAACCAUGACGCAGACGGCAUCGGAUGUCCAAAGAAUGUGCAUGGCAGAUUCAAUGCAAUUCUGUGUCUACCAGACAUCGAACAACACAGGAGAGAGGUGUGUUGCAGACUCAAUUGAAUAAAUGCAAUUAUCGGGGCCUAUUCAGUGAUUUUCCAUGUAGUGACCACUUUUACAUAUAGUUUAAAUGCACGAAUCAUGCGGGAAAAUUAUUUAUACAUUCAAAUGUGCUGCAGAGGUAUAAUCAAUUGGACAGCGUGUUUGUUUAAUAUUAAGUUUGUCUCUCAUUUGAUCAGAUUGCUUUACCCUGAGGUAAACGUCAUAAAAUGGGUCCAGUGCAAGACGUGCAGGGGCUGGCUGCAUCAGGAUUGUGCUGGGAUUGAAAUGGAGCCGUUUGUCUGCGGGUGCGAGGACUCCAUUGAGCAUCCUCGGUAUAACAUAAUUUAUCAAGGAAACAUAGUAUCAGUCAAAAAUACGAGGCUCAAAGGAUGAAAAAAUGAGGGCUUGCUCUUUUUCUUAUUUCUCUGCAGGAUCAAGGAUGCUGUUGACAGUGGAGGAAUUCAUGCUGUCUUUUCUAAGACACAGAUCAAGGUUGCUUUUGAAUGCACUAUCAGUUGUUAAAGCCACCGUUUCUUUUUCAGAUGAUUACAUUUUUGUCUCUUGCUCUUUGGUUUCAGACAUUACACGAUGAUCUACUGUCUGGAAAGAUCCGCUCCAACAGAAUGUUCCUUUGGAGGAAUCCCGCCACCUCACUCCGACUAAAGCAGCAUCUUAAGAUAAGAGCUGCGUCCGAAUUGCCAAGUAGUAGUCGAAGUAGUAGUCGAAGUAGUAUCUAGCAUGUCCGAAUUGGCCACCGGAGCGAGUAGCAUGCUACUUCAGAUACUACUUCAGAUGCUAGACACGCCCACAUUGUAGGUUGGUCUCGGUGCAUCCUACGGGCAUGCUACUGACCCAAAAUGCACCGCGGGCUUCUUCUUCGUCCUCUUAAAAGUUGUAGAAGCGCAUGUGAUGCUAGCGCCACCAGCUGCUGCCUAUUUAGAUGCGUCGCGAACGCCGGCUGGCCACAGCAGCGCGCACCAUGUCGGAGCAGCAGCAGCAGCAGGCGGGACCGCAGCAGUACAGAUGUAAGGUUCAUGUAACUUCACACACUGUCCUAAAAAAUGUGCGGUUGUAUCUCUUUGUCAUGUCAUGGUGUCAUAUUUUCCCAAGUAAUCAUUUUAUGAGCAAGUGGCGACAUCAUGGAGGUAAAGCUCACUUAUUCCAUCAUUAAACUGCACAGCUGCAGUACUACAGCCAGGCCCACAGAUGAAGGGCUUCAGUUACCACUGUCUGCACGGGCGCAGUACCUACUCUCUGCCUGCGGGGGUCGUCUUUCCCCACCGCUCGUCUAGUGUGUCCGAAUUGGGCCAACGUUUUUAGUAUGUAGGAGUAGGAUCUAGCAGUAGCACGUAGCAGUAGCAUGUAGUAUCCGAGCGGGCAGUUCGGACGCAGCAAAGGACACUAAGUUGGAGUGAGCAGCGCGUAAGUAAAAAUGCCAUCCAUCAUGAGUAUUUUUACUCUCAGAGGUGUUACAUUUGAAAGCUGUUUACUUUCUGUGUUUUUCUUCAAUAGAUCUUCAAGCUCCUGCGGUUUAUUGAGGAGGCAACAACCAUAUCGGAAAAAAUCAAAAGAGGCGAGAUUCACCUGCUUGAUUUUGUCUUUGAUGUCAUGCUCCCAGAGGUGAGUAGAUCAAACUAUAUAGCUUGCUUUGAAAAUUGAUAUUGUUAAGAGGUUGUUCUUAUUCAUUUGGAAAGCUCAAGAACAACAAUUAACCCAUACUGCAUAACUUCAAUUGUUCACAUUAUUUUGACUGUUUUUCAGCUUUUGAUCAAAGCACUGAAGGAGCAUGGCAUCACCCGGUUAAGAGCAGAGCUGAUGAUGGCCUGUGGCAACGUAUUUUAAGCCCCCCACCACACCGACGGCAAUGCUCUGAAUUAUGUAUAUAUUAUAUUUUUUUUUACUGUUCACAAUUUUUUUUGGAAAACAUUAAAGAAAUCUUUGAAGCAGUUGUAUGACAAUUUCCCAUUUCUUUACACAGUCUGUAAU